AUGUCCACUCAAUUACAAGUCAUAUCAUCCACUCACGAAGCAGGUGGACUGAAAAUCACCUUUCGAUCAGCUGACGCCAUAGAGCGAGAGAAGGGUAGCGAUAAAAGAUCCGUGUCAAAUUCAAUGAGUAACAGUAGCAGUAGAUGCUCAUUGCAUCAUAAUGAUUUCCUACCAGCUUUCUUGGAUGCUUUGCCCGAUCCACCUUCCAACAAGGAACAGGCCCACCUCGCUGUUCCAGUGGAUGAUAGGGAGAGUAUCAAUGCAGUAGCUGGGAUCGCGGAGAAGGUGAAGAAAGAUUAA